AUGGCAAAGAAGAAGACCCUCAAACAACAAGAUUUUCAGAAGAAGAAGCUAAAGGUCGGCAAGCCAAAGCAACCUGCUAGCAAUGUUACAGACACAUCGUUCUCGGCACGGAUGAUAUCACUGCCGAACCAGGCGAAAAUCAAAUCUGCAGCGAAUAAUAACAAUUAUUGUGGUCCAGGGAAUCCAGACAAACUCGAAAACGACGUUAUCAAACGACUGUCGCUAUGUAAGCACCAUAGUGCCGUCACGAGGAAGGAAACGCUGAUUCAUUUCAAACAGUUGGUGCCAAAAAUCAUUCGCACCAAGUGUAUCACUCCUAUGCUGAAUAGCUGCCUACCUAUGAUAUGCGAUGAGGACUCACAGGUUAGAGCUGUUUUACUAGAGCUGUUCGAGGAACUUGGGCAGUAUGACCAGAAUGUACUCCGUUUGCACAGCAGAGCGCUGGUGCUCUUCAUCAACAGCAGUAUGACCCACAUAGUACCAGCUAUUCAACGCGACUCAGGCAAAUUUUUGAGAUCCGCUUUGCGGUAUUGUGGAGAUGAACUCGUUCGCAACUCAUGGACGAAACUCCUCAAAGGCUUGUUCGGUGUUCUUGGAUGGUCUGUGGAAACUUCUAAAACUCCAAAGAGUGUCAGCAUGGGUGUGAAGAGCUCUAGUGUGGUUAGCAUGAAUAGUGCCAAAGCCAAGAAAGCACAGCAGUCCAAUAUCGAGACAUUGCUGGAAUUUGUUAAACGCGGGUGCAUAGAAGAAUCCCCUGAUACGCAUCAACAGGCUCUCCUCGCCUCCUCUGCGUAUAGCAAGUACCUUAUUCCAGCGGCUCCACAACCUUACCAGCACUUAAAGCUGUUCGUUAAAGAGCUGAAGAAUGAUCAGGCAGGAAUUGGCUCUAAACUUGAGGAGGUUUUGAAUGUCACUCUCCAGGAUUUUUCCGCAAGACGUGAAGUCUUACUUGCCCAUUUUUACAGUUCAAUGCUACAGAACGUAUCCGGUCUGAUCACCGGUGGUGGGGAAUGUGGGAAGACUGCUAACGUUUUGAAGGACACACUGGAGAAAAUAAAGCAGAUGCAAGAAGCCUAG